AUGUUUGCUGAAACCCUCUCUCUUUACAGACCUGUUGUCCGAUCGGCGCGCGAUAUACAACAGUUUACGUUACCACCUACAACUCCACCAAGUUCAGCGGAGGAGCCGGAGGGGAAACCCUGGCAACAGGAUCGCAGGGAAAGCGGGGGCCGACCAUCCGGGAAACAAUUACCCCUAACACCACCUCCAAAGACACCGCCUCGUAAACGUUCUGUAUUGUCAGACGGGGACGCACUGGAUUUUUAUAUGAAAUCAUCACCUCCUAUACCACGAACAAGGCAUCGACGCGCAUGCUCCUGCAGUACUGUUGGCGAAAAUGUAACGCCUUACAAACCACCAGAUCAUGGCGCCUUCCGAAUGAAAGUUGAGCAAGUUGAUGGACCAAGCCAGGAGCGCCCUCGACCACGAACAUCUGGCCACCAGGAGACAUGUCGGGCACUUGAUGUACAAAUUCCCGAUUACAGUCUUGGAUCUCCUCACUUUUCCCCAAAUGGGACACCCUUCCUUUACGGCGCCUCAAGUCUUCAUGUGCCAUCGAUACAGGUGGAGCGGGGAUCUUCCCCUAGUCUUUCUCUCCAAGCUGAUUUAAGGUGGCUCUGGCCUGGGGCGGACGCAAGGUCGUCUACACCUUCUCUAGUUCCAAAUCGAGAAGCUUCUCCGUUGCCAUCCGAGCAGUUACCGGGUGGCCAAAUACAACAUGCCGCAUCGUCACUGUCUUUAGCAGGAAUGUCUCGUCUUAGAAUAUCUCCGGAAAUGUACGAUAUCUUGUCUUUUCCACCGAGUUCUGAAGAUCCUUCGAUUGUUCGAUACGAUAAACGCACCCAAGAAAUCACGGCUGCUGUGCCGGCGAGGAUAAUAUCCCAGAUCACAUCGGCAGAAUUUGUAGAUUACCACCUUCUUUCCGACUUUUUUCUUACUUUCCGUCUGUUCAUGCAACCACCCGAUCUUGUUGCAUAUCUUGUUGCUCGGCUGCGGUGGGCCAUCGAUCGCGAAGACGAUAUUGGGAGGGUGGUCCGGGUUCGGACGUUUGUUGCAAUUAGGCACUGGCUUCUCAACUAUUUUGCCGAUGAUUUCAUUCCAUCACUACCCUUAAGAGAGGAUUUUGCAAAAACUCUAAAUAACCUGUCAAAUGCGGUUCGCGAAAAUGGUCAACCUUCGAAUAUGAAGAUAAUUCGCGAGUUGAAGAGGUGUUGGAGAAGGACAUGUGCUCUAUACUGGGACACGCCUACUGGGCCUGAUGUGAGCAUCGAUCAAGACAUUCUGCCAGGUGGCCCGCCAGGGAGUAGAUUCGACUCCUACAGGCCCCUGUCAACACUGCUACACCCCAAGAAAUCAGCGCCUAGACUUGGAGCGUUGUUCCCUGAUCGCGACACUGGUACGGAGGCAUUUGUUCAGGAAGUGGUUGGGGCAUCUGUGGCUGCGAGGGCUACUGGUGGGACUCCGCUUCGUAGUUUCUCAAGACCUGUCAGUAACUUUAGCAAUGACUCAGCGAAAACCCCAUCGCUCUCAUACUUUUCUCUGGAGAACAGGAGCAAAUCGACUCCUGCGCCAUCUACGAGCUCGCCUUUGAAGCCAAAGCCAUCUCAAGCCACUAUAUCGUCGGAUGAAGCCGGAUCAACAGAGGAGGGUGGUAAGAAAUAUCGUCCUACUCCUCACAAAAGGUCAGGUUCAUUUUCAGACGCAUUAAGGGACACCCGGCAACCUCUUCCACUCCCAAAAUCAAUCGCACGUUCGACGCAUCUUCUAAUGGCUUUGCCCUAUGCUGGCUCAUUGGUCAGAGGAAACCUAUUUCCCCCAACGCCAGCGUACGUACAGGUUGUGGCACCUUCUACACCUGUCAGUGAACUAUCUAGCUAUGGAUUCCUCGCUCCUUCAGACGCGGCAGGUGGUUCUGUGGCCACGCAAUUUGCGAGGAGAACUUUUGACCCAAAUCAGGGAAACAAAACUCUAAAUGGCCCUGGUAUGAAAAGAUUUCUGGGCAGCGUGCGCAGAGCGUUAAGCGGAAAGGUGGGGAAUGGCGCCGGGCCUCAUGGUAGUGGUGGCGGUGGUAGUACACGUUCGCCACUUCCAACAGCCAGACCAACUCGUAGCAGAUCUCUCGGCCCAACGCCCGACAACUUAUCGCUAUCUAAAUUUAUGGCCGCAAGUUCAUCAGGAAACAAGGUUGCUAUCCUUGAAAAUGGCAAGGCGGCGAGGGUUGAUCUACUAGGAGCAGGAGUAGUUGAGGCAUUCCAACGCGCAAUGCAAGAGGAAUUGUCCAGUGACGAUGGCGAGUGGAUAUCCUACAACGUCACGCAAGGUGAGGGAGAGGAAGGGGGGCCAUGGCAUAAGAAUCAAUUUCAGUUGGAUAGGACCGGCGAUGGUGGGCUACCAUUGGAGGUCGGACGCGAAAAUGCUUUAAGCGAGGAUGAAAGCAAUGCCCCAGAGCCUUCGGAAAACCCACCUCCCUCAACUGCAAGGCAACCAGGUUUACGAGAGACUUUUGAGCAGAUUCCGAAUUUUGGACUAGCUGAGUCGGUCAUCUCCGAAAUUGCCAAUAUGGGUGAAGCUGGGAGUAUCUCUGAUCGGAAAAAUCUGCCAGAUAGAGGUCCCAAGUCAUCUAUAUUUCCGGGAGAAUCUCAGCAAGCUCGGAGGAGUAAAUCUUUUUCAUUUGAAACAACACCACAUUUGCUCAGCCAGCACUACGAGGGUAUGUGUAGGAAACUGAGUGUGUCUCCACGUCCUGGACCUGGAGGGAAAUCUCUGCGUCCGGCUCGCUCUUUCUCUGUCCGGCGUGUCCAGUCCGGCGUUAGUCAAUUUAGCAGCAAUCUAGAUGAUAACUCAGAAACGUUCAGUUACAUUAGCUCACCAGAGAGCAAGCGAGGAAACCUCCAGCCUGCUCGUAUGCUGAGACGUAGGCCCGGUGGGGACUUGAGACUUGCAGCAACUGUAGGUGACUUAGAUGGGCGACCGAGAUCUGCUGGGUCUAUAUGGACUGGUAAUUUUUCUGAUAUGGGUGCUAAUGGAACACCCUUACAACAAAGACCUAACUCAAUUUGUGUAACUGAGAGUAUACAUCCGCAGCAACGAGUGCCAGCUGGCUGUUCGGAAGCUGAUGCGAAAGCUUCAUUUGAAGCCGGAGUUCAAAAGCUGAGAGACCUUCCGGAUUUUGAAAGUGAUGAUGGUGGUAUUGAGGUUGCAUUGAUGAAGCUCGAGGGUACCUAUCAGAAGAGGGCAUCCGACAUAUCGCCUGGGAAGGAGAGGAAUCCUACUAUGAGCUUUGCAUCCGGUCGAUCCUUUAUCUCUCAAGACUCGUUAGUGAUAGUUGGGGAUGCGCACUCGGAGAGAACCUUUGGAAUGGAUGCCUCCGUCGACGAUGACGAAUAUAUGAGGCGGAUGAAGCGCAGACAUAAACAGGUGUUUGAUCAUGUUCCACUUGAUACGCCUCCUAUCCUGGAAGGAGGCUCAGCUGGAAAUUCCUCUACGAAUCUUUCAACAAAUGGCGCUGUGUUUAGGGACGAAUCUGAAGCCUCAGGGCCCAAUCUGGAGAGGGGUCUUUCGGUCAACCAUUGGAACUUCCGUGAGACGGUGACUUCCUCAAACCUAUCACUCCCUCCACUGGAACGCGGAAUGUCGUCUGGCUCUUCCCCGAUACACCGAGGCUUUUCGGAGCAACUCAGGGAUGAUAUAAGUGAGCUCUCAUCCGAGAUAUCGUUUGAAAUGGUUCAGUCAGCCAAUAAGAGUGCAACAAAGUUUCCUCCAAUGCAACCUGGGACUAUUAUUGCGGAGCUUGGAAUUCCUUCACAUCCUUUACGGCAUCCUCCAUCACCACCUCUCACUCUCGAGAAAACAUUGUCCACAUCACCAAAUAAUGCAAGUCCCUCGGCUGUUCGUCGACCUCGUUCUCCCGUCAGCCCUCCUCAAGCGGAAACGUUUCCGGGAUCAAGAGCUCCAGGGAGAGCGUCGCAAGAUGCCCUUCUUGGCGGUAACGGUCCUCACUAUAAUGAUACGAAGCCAACCCUUCGGCCCACUUCAAUUCACUUGCCAUUUAUCCUUGCUUACGACUCGGAGUUGCUCGCGAAGCAGUUUACUUUAAUCGAAAAGGAUGCAUUAAUGGAGGUGGACUGGAAAGAACUUGUCGAACUUAAAUGGAGCCAGACAAGCCCGGCCGUGAGAGACUGGGUUGAAUUCCUGAGCUCUGAGGGUACGAGGGGUGUCGAAGUGGUGAUUGCUAGGUUCAACUUGAUGUGCAAAUGGGCUAGAUCCGAAAUCGUCAUGACCAAAGAUAUUAACGAACGGGCUAAGACCGUAGUCAAGUUCAUUCACAUCGCCGCCCAUGCAAGAAGGCUACAGAACUUUGCAACUAUGUACCAGAUCACGAUCGCCCUCCUCACAGCCGAUGUGACCCGACUUCGACAGACAUGGUCCUUAAUCUCACCUGCGGACCUGAGCACCUUCAAGGAGAUGGAAGCUCUCGUGCAGCCAAUACGUAAUUUCCAUAAUUUAAGAGCAGAAAUGGAUAAAGUCACUGGAGAGUCUGGGUGUAUCCCAUUCGUUGGAAUCUUCACCCACGACCUCAUCCAGAAUGCCCAGAGACCUCUGACAAUUAGCACAUCCCCGGACUCAGAACCCCUCAUCAACUUUGAACGCCACCGCACUACCGCAUCCAUCGUGAAGCGCCUCCUUCGUCUUAUCGAAGCCUCACACAAAUACGACUUUAAAGCCGUAGAUGGCGUCUGCGAGAGAUGUCUAUGGAUCGCAUCACUUAUGGAUGAAGAGAUUAGAGACCUGAGCAAGAGCUUGCAAUGAUGGACUUUCUUCCCUUUUUCUUCCCGCUUCCUCCUCCUCCCAUCGAUACCAUAGUCACGACUUCACGACGCCUGACACGAAUUUCAUUAUUAGCUGAGGUUAGGAAGGCUUAAUAAUUGGAGCAAGCAGGAGAGAUGUUCGGGCUCUCUUUCUUCUCUUUUUUCUUUGUACUACUUUUCCCAGCUUUAUCCUACUUACAUUACAGUAUGAUACCUUUUCUAUUCCUACUCUCAGACCCGGGCCACUCUCCCCUUCUUCUCUUACCGCUUCUCCUAGUACCCUAAUUUUUCUGUUGUGUCUCGUUCUGCACCCAGCGUCUUUUUUAAAAAAAUUAUUAUCGCAGCCUCUCUCCCUUUUGCCUCUUCUCCCCCACUGGAAAGCGCUUUUGAAGGUCCUCUGUCUGUCUGGUCUAAACACAAACAUUUAUAUCCCGAUUUAGUACAGCACAUAUCUCGUCCUACUUCUUUAUGGUUAUAGACUUUUUUUCCUUUUCUUCCCUCCCACUUUUUUCUCUUUUCUCCACUAUUGAAGUUGGUUAUCGGCGGUUAUUUUUAUUUUUUUGGCAAAGUUUCUAUAAUACUUGUGCGCAAAUUAAGUUAUGGUGUUGAACGAAGAAAAAACACACCAAGGUCCGAGGCCCGUUGUGUGCCAUUUAUUCUUUUUUUAUUUAUUUAUUUCAGAUAGGGAGCAAGGGAAAUAAUGGCUUUAAAGGGGGAUUUUCUCUUUUUGUUUGUCUUUUUUCUUUCAUAGUUUUAUUUGGGUUGGGCAUGGACCUGGAUUCGGAUUGGAUUGGAUUGGACGCUAUGGUAUUGUAGAGUUAGGACUUUUGUUUGCAGCCCUUUUUUCCCUUUUGCGUUGAAAUUUGGUGUAUUGUAGCUUAUUUUGUGGGUUAGGUUAAGUUAUUUGUAGUUUAGUUAUGUUGAGUUUGAGAGCUGGG